GGGUUAACAUUCCCAUUCAAGAAGAACGGUUCAGCACGAGACGCCCCUGUGUGCAUAUCGUGGGCUUGCGCAGUCUGGUUUAAACAGUACACACACAGUUGUUGCUUUUUCUUCAGAGCCAUUUUUUUUGCACAAAAAAUGUUUGGAGAAACGUUUAAAAAUUUUACAAUACAUUUCAACGCCAAUAACCCGAGAGUGACUUUCUCGAGUGGUGACUUUAUGGCAGGUCAGAUUUCCUUUGAUCUUUCGAAAGAAACAAAGCUCAGUUCUAUAACAUUAACAUUAAAUGGAAAAGCAAAGGUACAGUGGACAACACAAGGAGGAGGUGGUGGAAGAAGAGGACGACGCAGAAGGCAACGACGAGUCCACUCGGCAAGGCUGGAAUUCUUCAACUUCUCUCAAAUCGUAAUGCAAGAAAAUAACGCGGUCCCUAACACCACACUUCAACCAGGAACCCAUGUGUACCCAUUCACAUGCCAAAUCCCACAAGGAAACUUCCCCUCCUCUUUCCAUGGGGUGCAUGGCAGUAUAAUUUACUCAAUGAAGGUGGAGAUACACAGGCCAUGGCAUCUAGCCAAGGAAUUUGUGACUGAGUUCAACUUUGCCAGCCACAUAGAUGCCAACCAACCACAUCUUCUGGCUCCUCUGGCAGGCAGCAACACUAAGACCCUGUGCUGCCUCUGGUGUGCCUCAGGUCCCAUCUCAAUGACUGUCUGCACUGAGAGGAAAGGCUUUGUCCCAGGAGAGAUGGUGAAAAUAAUCUGUGAGCUUAGUAACGGCUCCUCUCGGACAGUGACUCCGCAUGCGACCCUUAUCCAGAAGCAGAUGUUUUACACCCAUAACAAGUGCAACAGGAGGUUGCAGAUGAAAAACCUGGCCUCAGUGGAUGGUCAGCCUGUCAACCCCAGUAGCUCUGAGGUCUACAGCGAUAUGAUGCUUCCCAUCCCUCUCAACACGACUCUCACUAUCUCCAACUGUCCUAUACUGGAGCUGGAUUACACUGUGGAUGUGAGUCUACGUAUCAGAGGUUCCACGGACCUCAAGGUGCUGUUCCCCAUUGUGCUGUGUAAUAUUCCUGUUUACGCUCCCCAGCCUCCACCUCCAUAUCAGUAGCAAUAGUACUAGGAUCACAUUGCCCCUAGACUCCAAUCUAAGGUCAGUGUUUUUCUACCUAGUGGUUAAGGUUAGGAUUUAGGCAGGGUAAGCAGCACUUAGAUACAAAUGUCUCUAAUAUGUACCUAGUCAUAUUAGAGACAUGCAUAGUGUCUCACAACUGGGAAUGGGAAUAUGAGGGUUACUAGGAACCAUUCUUCUGGUGAGCUGGUUUUUGUGUCACUGAUUAUUUGGACAAAUCACGAUUUUGCCGGGUUGGUGUAAACCUGGCAUCUUUAGAAUUUUGGAAAGGGGGGGGGGGUAAUUUAGGCCCACAGAUGGCUAAAAGGAUUUCAGAGGAGGGCAUAUGGACUUCGCCGCUCACAUUAGGCCAAACAUCUCAACAAGCCCCCACCAUGUCUAGUAGCUGGCCAGAUGCCGGCAUUCACUCUAGCUUUGGUUCUGGAUUCUGAGAUUAGACACUGCCAAACCCCUUUUAAGAUGGGGUUUCCAAUUCUACAAUUUAUACAUGUUUAUCACCAUAGGAAUUGUUAGAGCAAGUUUUGUCAUCGACCACCAUGUCAAAUCCUUCCUUCAUAUAUUGUCUCUUACCAAUACCUAUGUAAGUCUUGUGCUGUUUCUGCUCACUAUUGCCAUAAAUGUUCAGAAUUCAUUACUUUAAAAAAAAAAAACUGACAUUUCAGAGCCUAAUUCACCUCCAUCUAGGUCAUGAGAUGAGGAACUAUUGGGCAAUGCUAUUGCUUUGAGGGCUAACUCAAUACUACAGCUGAUAAGGAAGAAGGCUUGAUAGACAACUAAACUUGCUCUAACACAUCUUACAACAUAACAAAUUGUAGGAUUUAUGUUAAAUGCCUCUUAAAAAGGUUGAUUUGCAAUAGUUCUCAGGGUUGUACCAAAUACGGUACCAGAUUUUCUAAUAUUUUCUGCAUCAACUUUUAAAAGGUGUUUGUUCUGUUAAUAUUUCUGUUACAUGUUUUUAUAGCCAUGCAGUUUUAUUUACAGUUGUAUGUAUGUAUGUCUGUAUGUGUGUGUAUAUAUAUAUAUAUACACAUACAUACAUACAUACAUAUACAACUGUAAAUAAAACUGCAUAUAUUUCAUACUACUUACAUGUAAUGAUGCCUUGCCAUCCUCCAGUGUUUGAGGUGACAGACGGACAGUGCUUUAAAUAUCUAAUGGUGCAGUCGUCGCUCAUCUCUUGCCAGGUCAUGUUGCUUAGCAUUUCUUUCAAGGUGCUUGAGUGAUUGUUAACAUAAGAUAAUUGGGCUUUGUGACUGUGUUUACUCAUGUUUGAUCAAUCGCUUCGUGGUGUCUGUCUGCCUCACCCUACUUGUCUUUUUUAUCAUGGUUAAUUUAAGGAUUCGAUUUGUUAUUCAUGGUCAACAUUGUUUUGCCCCAUUCGUUUGGAAAAUAGAAUGUUCAGGAUGCUUGUGAUUCAAUCACUAAUUCAUUUGUAUGUCCAUUUUAAAAUUACACUGUUCACUCUUGCUGUGGUCUGAAUAACAAAACCAUGUUUUUACACUCCUAGUUGUAUGAGCGUAAUCCAACAGAAAGUCUGAAACAUUUGACAUUUAUAUGGUUGAGCUUACUAUAUGAAGAACCACUCAAAUUCACGCACAAUAAUAUAUUUUUCAUAUGAAUUGUAUUGAUGUGUGUUUGUGUAAAUUAUAUAUUGUAUUUAUGUUGAUGUUCUAACUGUUUUUAUGUCUGUUUUAACACUCCCAAUUUCAUCCAUUGAGGACAUCUACUCAUUUUAAACUCUUUCAAACUCCCUUGAAGAGUUCAGUACUGCCGUUAAAAGAUGUGCACAACCCAUUGUUUUGAAGAUGUAUUGGUGGUAAAUUCAUUGUGUUGUAUUGAACGUGGACAUUUUUUUUUCAUUUGAUUUCAAAUGUCAAAACUGUCCUUGUUUGUGACGUAGUCCUUGCUAUUGAGUUCCCUUGAACCUUCUUAAUGAAGACAGGGAAGUACACAUCUCUAGACUCUUUAUGUAUUGCCAAAAAUGUAUCAUUUGUAAUAUCACAAUAGAAACAGACAGUAUUCUGAUAAAAACAUGUUGAAUUGUCUCUGUGUGUAUGUGUACAUAUAUACAUACAUACAUACUUACAUACAUACAUGUUUUAACCACAAUACCUUUUAACAAUGUACUGUAUAUUUUGUUGUGUUUGUCAAACUGAGUAUCAAGGUAGCACUUUAGGAAAGCCCACUGAUAAACUCUUAAAUUAAUCUUCACAGAUUGGCCACCUGUAGAAUUGAACAUUUUGUAAGUACUGUUUGACUGAUACUACUUAUAUGCCAUGAAUGUUAUUGACCUGUAAUAAACACAUUAACUUCCAUUUGA